CAUUGGCUUCUACUUUGCAGAAUGUAGCAGCCUUCCCUUCUGCCAAGAUGUUCAGAAUGAAGAGAUUUAUGCAGAAGGUCUGGAUUCUUCUGCAUGUGUGCCUGUCUACCAUCAUUGGGAAAACCUGCAUGCUAUUCUUUCCAGGUACUGUAAAGAGAUACAUCCUGAAGCAGGGAGGAAAGAGCGGAAUAGGACAGAACCCAAAAUUCAUCUAUGAAAAUUGGGGUCCAACUUUCUUCAGCUUCCCAUACUUACUCUUUGUCUUGAAAGUCAAAUGGAAAAGACUGGAAGAUGAAGCCCUUCAAGGCUGUCCCGCUCCUAACACCCCCGUAGUGGAUCUCAGCGGGGAAAUUCAUCACAUCCUGGAUUUCAUGCAUGGCAACAGACCUUUGGUCCUAACAUUUGGAAGUUGUACCUGACCUUCAUUCAUAUUCAAAUUUGGCGAGUUUAAUAAACUUGUUGAAGAUUUCAAAUCUAUAGCAGACUUUCUUGUAAUCUACAUUGAAGAAGCUCAUGCCUCAGAUGGAUGGGCUUUUAAGAACAAUAUUGUUAUUAAAAGUCACCGAACCCUCCAAGAUCGUAUACAGGCUGCGCAGAUCCUCCUAAAAGAGCAACCCUUAUGUCCAGUGGUUCUAGACACAAUGGAAAACCUGAGCAGUAACAAAUAUGCAGCUCUGCCAGAAAGACUGUAUGUGCUUCAAGAGGGAAAGGUUGUGUAUAAGGGUAGUCCAGGACCUUGGAAUUAUUGCCCACAAGAAGUACGUGAACUUCUGGAAGAACUUUAAAUCUAAAAAAGCACCCCAAAGCAACCUGUUUGUGAGCAGCACACACACUCCAUCGCCUGAUUACAUUUUUAAAAAGUAUUUUUAUUUAGAAGAGGCUGUAUACAUAUGGAAAGGAUAAGGUAAAACUUAUACACUGUUAAGUAUCCAGCAGUCAUGAACUCUCAAUUAAAUACGAACACAAACAAUAAAUUAAGCUUCUAUUUAUUAUAUUUACCCCAGAUGACCUGCAAAUGCUAAUCUCCAUCCUUGUAACUGCCACGGAUAGAUGCACAUAAUGCUCUAGACAUUUGAAAAGUGUUCUUGUGAUUUUUUUUUGUGAAGCAAGCCAUUCAAUUGAAAUGACUCACCAGAGUUUCAACUGUAUUUGAAAUUACUGUUAAUUCUUUUAAUGGUAUUGAAAUGUUAUAAUGGAAAUAGGAUCACAUGAUGGCUGGCUUCAUAUAAAUCAGCCUCUAGGUGGUCAGACAGGGCAGCGACCUCUUCUGUAGCAACAGGAGUAUUGCACUGUACAUUUUCCUGUCAUAUUCCUCCUAUAGAGCUGUAUUGGGAACUGUUAGUCUGUGGUCAUUUAGAAUUGCAAGAUAUUCUGAACAAAAGCAGUCUUUGUACAGAACCAAGAUUUCUGGAUGCCUGUGUAGGGGAUAGGACAUUGCUGCAGCACCAGCUGAUAUUUGUAGCAGAUUAAUAUGCAUGACUACUCCUAUCAAACUCCUAGCAUGUGCAGGUGCAUAUGAUCCUUUGAACCCAGACCCCUUCACUUUAGGACAGAAGCACAAUCACACCUAUACUUAGUAGUGUUUGCAGAGAAGAACUUUCUGAAUGGAAUAGUUGUAAUAAUUUUCUUAUUUUUGUUUCUAUUAAUAUUUGUUUAUGAUAGCCAUAGUUUAAAACAUAGAGAACUAUGACCUGAUAUGGAAAAAAUAUUUAUAGAAACAAGAUGCUAAAUUAAACAAUAUUAAACUAUGUCCAAAAAA